UCAAAUAUACCUGGUGAAACCUGUUUUCCACUCCAUUACAUAUGACCCUUCCACACCGAUUAGUUCCUCACUGUCCCAUUUUAUCAGAGACUCACAAAGGUACACCAAGGGGCAAGGAUGCUGGCUGGACUCCUCAUCAUUGGGGGAUUAAUUCCUUUAAUCCAUGCAGACGAUUUUACAACCAGCUUGCUAUCAGACGUUAAAGAAGUUACCACAGGCCGAUUAUUCGACUCUUUGCUGCUGAGAUUGCCUUCGUGUUCCUUCGCUGGCCAGAAUGUGGACGUGGAGUACCUGAAUUGCAACACCAAUCAAAGCUACAUCCUGAACAACGUUUUCACGGUUCAGAGCUGUGACAGCGGCGGUGACCCCAAAGGAUCAACUGUACUUAGCCGAAACAUGGGAUACCAGCUGACGAACCUCAGAAAUGAUACGCAGUACAAGAUUAACUAUAAGAUUGGAAACGUCAGAAGCACGCCUGUGAUAGCAACUACAAGGAUAGCUGCUAACUACAACAAUAUCGAUCUGAGCUAUCAAGGGCGCAGCGCGGCGAUGUUGGUGAUCACAGUCCUUCUGUCCGUGGCGAUGUUUAUCCUGCUAAUCAGUAUCAUCACCAGUGCAUUUGUGGCCCCUACCGAACAUUAAAAGCUCGCUUCACCUUCAGAAAACGGCUAAAUUUCACAAUAUACGCUUCACAAAUAUACACUGCCAUAUGUGGUGUUCAGAAGUUUCUGACUGGCAGUGUAUGGAGUCAUUCUCUAACAUUUCUUCCUUAAGACAUAAUCACCAAUGAAGCUAAGAAUCAAUUUGUAGAUUAAAUCUUUAAGUGAAGUCUAGGCACUUUACAAACAUUUUGAUCUAGAAGGAUGAUUUCUUUUUCCAAAUAAGUAAUUUUCUUAGGAAGUUUAUCAUCUUAUUUAAUCACAGCAUGACAAAAGCGACGGAUUGUUUCCUUGAUUAUUUAACUACAAACAAUUCUUUGUUAUUAACGCCUUGUUUUCUUGUAAGUGCUGU